AUGGUUGUGCAACCCACCAUCAUGCCACGUGCCACCGCGCUCUGGGAGCGACAAGGCGGUGACCCCUUCAACAGCUUCUUGAGCGAUCUAUUCGGCGGGCCUGGAAAUACCGACUCCAUCGCUACGAGUGCCUCCAUCACUUCCACCAGAUCCUCCUCUUCCUCCUCUUCCUCCUCCACUACCACCACCAGCACCACCACCCGCCUUACCACUUCCACAACCUCAUCCACACCCACCACCACUUCCACUUCCUCAUCAACCUCGUCGACCACUUCCACCAGGCCUACAACCACCACCUCCACCACCUCCACAUCAUCCUCCAGCAUCAUCACCACUUCAUCACCUACUACACUCGUCACUACCUCCAACUUUGUCUCUGGUACCAGCACCUCCCAAGUCGUCACCACUAUCGUCACUCCCGUCGUCACCACUACCGCCUCUGCCGGCAGGGCCAACUCAAGUGGUUCCAGCACCAAUGCAGGCCUCAUCGGCGGCAUCGUCGGUGGCGUCGUCGGCGGUCUUCUUCUCCUUGCCCUUUUGAUCGCUCUCUGCUGUAUGGCCAGUAGGCGAAAGUCACGCACCGGCCAUGCCUACUUCCUCUGCCUCGGCGAGCGUCCUCCUCGCAACAGCAUCGACGAAUUCGGUCACACCGGUGGUGCCUGGCCCACUUUUGAUCCCCAGAACGACCAUGUCUCCUCUUCCUACGCUGCGGGCACCAGUGCUGCUGGAAUGGGUGCCACCUCCGCCGUCGCCGCCGCUGGUUCUCGCAACCGUCGUCAUCGUCGCGAACAAACCAAUGCCACCCUCCCUGCCGAGUUCGCUAACGACGAAGAUCCAGAAAGAUACGCCUACAGCGCUUCCAACAAUGCGCAAGAUGCCUCCUACAACAACAAUAACAACUAUCAAGGCUACGAUGCUUACAAUGGCUACAGCUCCAAUGCUUACCCCGAAAUGCAACAACGUUCUCCAUACAACGGUGCCAGUGCCCUCGCUGCCGGUGCUGUUGCUGGCGGUGCUGGCAGCUACUUCCUCAACAAUGCAAGCCCCUCCCAGAACCGUCGCUCUUCCAUCGGACAUCCAUCCUACUCCAACUCGCACCAGGACAGCUACAACACUGCCAACCUGUCGCCCUCCAAUGAGAACGCGCCUGCCCCUUGGACUCUUCCCAUGAUGGGCUGGAACGAUACUCAUGGGCCUUAUUCGGUUGCUGGUGUCGGUCAGAACCUCACCACCGCGCCUCCGCAGGCUCAAUUCAUGGUCUCUCCCUCCGAGGCCAAUGCCGCCGCCGCCGCCGCCGUUGCCCAUGCCACACGCAAUGCUCCCGCUCAGACGCGCUCGCCCGGUCCCGACUAUAGCCACUUUGACCCUCCCGAGGUGCGCGAUGCUCGCGCUCGCGAAGCUGCUGAUGCCGCCUUGGGUCGUGCAAGCUUUUCCACCUCGCCUCGCAGGCAGAACAGACGACUUUCCUCUAACCACGGCAGUCCUGUUAGUCCCAAAAUGGGCCUCGUUGGCGGCAUUUCACCGCCUGCCUAUGUUGAUGCACAGGAUGAUCUCGAAGAGGUCCAUGACCAGCCGCGUCGGCUUCACCUGACCAAUGCGGAGCCCGAUUUCACCGAUGACGACAGCUCCAGGGGUGGUCCCAGCCGUCGUCCCGCUCACAAUCACAAAGACGCUCCUCCCUCGUCCACUUACCGAGCGCAUUAA